AUGUCUUUUGCCGUACCGUCUGUCCCCAGACCGCCGAGCCAUAUCUUGCUGUCAUCUACGAUAACAUCAAUACCCAAAGACAAUCUGUCAGUUCAAGACGUAACCCAGGGGAUGGUCCAGCAAAGUUCUCCACCCGCUGUGCCCAUCAAGCCUGUGGAAGAACUUUUCUCACUGGAUUUUCAUUCGCCAUCCGGCCCGGCAAUAGUUUCUACUGCGCGAAAGGACUCGAAGUCCGACAUAUUAUCCUUGUUCGGCACUUCUACCACUCCCGCAGCGACUGCAAUGUGGGGUGCGCAGACAACGUCCACGAUUCCACAACCGUUCCCGCUACACAGGAGUGUCUCAACCCCUACAUCUAACCAUACGGCUACGUUUGGAGCUGAUAUUUGGUCGGGUCAAAGUGACCCUUUCGCUUCUUUCGGGACGACUUCUUCCACGCCUUCCGGCACUAAGAACGAUGCCUUUUCCGAUCUGUGGGGCGAUUUUAAAUAG